AUGUCAGAGUCCAGUCGAGAUCCUCCAGCUUCGUUGGCAACCUUGCCCACGGAGAUAGCUGAUUCAAUCUACUAUUCUCUACCACCUGCAAGUUUGUGCGCUCUUGCUAGGGUCUCGAGAGAUAUUUAUGCGGCUGUUCAAGGUCCGCUCUAUAGACGUCCUGUCAUUGAUAGCUAUCGAAAGCUUCAGGCUUUCAUCAAAACUCUCAACCAUGUUGCAAGUUGGGAUAAAAAGGGAGAUGCCAGAAGCAAGGGCAUUGUUCAUCUUACGCUGAUGAUCGAUCCUGCAAAGGAGGAGAGUACUGCAGGAAGGCCUUUGAUUGCUGUCAUUCUAGCACGGAUGAUCCGUGUCAUAGCUAGAUACAAUGAAAAUGUCACAAUAUCGCUGAUAAUCACCCACUCUGCCUGCGAUGCCCAACCCGUUCGCUCUUUCGAAAGCGAAGAAUUCCCUCGUGUUACGAGCCUAAUUCUGGAUCUUGGUGGUGAAUCUGUUACUCAGUCGUCUUCUGGCUCUAGUUCCCUCAAUAGUGUGAUACCUGUUCGUCGCAACAUCCACCAACGAGGCUACAACUACAAUACGACAGGGAUGAGAUGUGUUCCCAAUGCUAAAUUCUGGACCCGAUUUUUCAAUGGUUCCUGUUUUCCUGAUCUCCGGAGACUGGAGCUUCAUCAUAAGUCCCGGGCUGGACCGUCAUAUGGGGAUUCGGGCCUAGAAGGUGAACCGAUCUUAUUUACAGAACUGGACACAUUGGGGUUGGCACAAAUUGAGCGAUUGGUAGUGAAUUCGGUGCCUGAGUUUAACGACUCUGUCUUGAUGGCAGGGUUACAGCAUGCUCCUGUCCUAACGGAUUUGCAAAUUGAGAAUUGUGCUGUUACUUACAGUGCGCUUGACAAACUACUGCUCCAUGCACUUCCGGUCCUUCACAGACUGGUCCUACGAGUCUCGCCUCAAUCACGGUUUGCUCGACAUGCUAGAGAAGCGCUGGGUUAUCGAGGCAACCGAGCCUCUGGUGAAGAAAUUCCACACCUCUGCCCACACUUCCGUCGGCAUGGGAAGAAUCUAAAGCAUUUUGAACUCGCAGCGCCGUAUAUCUGCGGUGAUAUAUUUAUAGAUGGGCAUGAAAAAGAGAAAUUGCGCGAAUCUGGUCAUCCGGGAACACUGGCUGGCGACGACAGUGGGAUAAUUGUCCAGGGGGAACUGGACACAACUUUGGUUACUGGCGUUUUGAAGAGAAUCAGGCAAACGAGGGAUACGGACUCGGUAGGGCAAAGGUUAGUUGAGGGCUCGAACAUGGAGGAGGAUAGGAGGAUUCUGGAAAGGGAGAGAGCAAUGAGAACUAGGAAGGCAACCAUCGAGAAGGAGGGGUGGACAAGGAGACUGCAUGUACUCGAUGGUAUGUGCAUCGAUGGUGCUACUUUUGAGGAGUUAACUGCACUCGCAAAUGUGGAAGAGAACGGGAUCACCUGGACACUUGGAAGUCUGCCGGAGAGGCGAGCCUUUAGGGUUAUUGGGAGUCUCAUAGAAACUGUCAGGUAUUCUCACGAGUUUGAAAGAGACCGACCAAGGAGGGGGAGACGGGUGGAGCGAGACCUCAAUGAUGAACUUAUAGGGCAGUGA